GACCACAGCCAGUUCAUGUCCCUCCCCCUCACAGCUCGCUGCUAGCUGAGAUCAAGAUGUCUGUUGCGCACUACGAGUCGUUCUACGAAGCUGCUUUAUGGGCUGGGAUGGCACUCUGCAGCCUUUUCCUCGCCAUAAUCCUUUACAAAACAACGCAAACAUUCAGCGGCACUGACACCCUCCUCCCCUUCUCCGCGCCUACACUGACCUUCUCCGUGCCUUUAUUCAUGGCGUCCAUGUACUUGUUCACUGGGUGCAUCAACGCCGGGACCGUCUACAUCCGUCUUUCACAAUCAACUGGGCUAUAUGAGAGAUUGAUGAAAUGGGAGGGAAAUCAGAUGGACUGGUUGGUGGUGUUUUUGAGUGUGGUUUUGGGUCUUGCGGCUGGGUUUAAUUUUGCGAGUGCGAGGAAUAUGGUUAGAUUGCAUUGGGAAAUGAAGAGCUUGGCUGGUGGGGAGGGGAAGAGGGGAAAGAAGGAUGUGGAAGGUGUAUAGAUAGAAAGGGUUUGACUAUGAGUACAUUUCUUGUUGGUUCUUUUUUUCGUUGUGUAAUAAUAUACCGGACUCUC